CUUGUACUGCAGCUUACUGCUGGGAGUCCACGGGUUUGUAUGAACCCCCGUCAUUUCAAGUUGGUGGUCUGUCCACAGUACUAGGUCAUCAUGAACUUAUUUCUGACUUCUACACUGAGUUAGAUCAUAUGAGUAAGAAUAUGCACGGGGUGCGGCUGACCACUGCUCGACGAAUAGAAAUGUCAGCCUCACAAGCCUAAGCUGAUACCGACGCUUGUCAGCCUCCCGGCUGGAGACAUAAAAUUCGGACAGCCCAAACCUUUCUACCCGCCCCAAUCUUGUCUUUGACGGUAACCUACGAGCUCCACUAUUAUAAUCUAUCUCACCUUCGUUUUCAUCAAACCAUGCGUGCAUUCAUUCUUGUCACCACCCUCGCCACGGCCACCAUCCACAUCGUCCAUGCUAUGCCUAGCUCCAACCUCGCGGUACGCAGUGCUUUCCCAGAUGCCGCAGGCAUCCCGCACGUAUCACAUCCUUCCCACCAACACAACAGCCUUUACCAAGGAAAGAAGGUUGGCGAGGGUGAACAACGGAUGGUUCUAAAUCAUGCUGCGCCAGGGUCCGUUCAUCUAGCUGAGCCGCGUGAGGAGAAAAAGGCGCCGAUCGUUAGAAGGGAGAAGAAGACCGGAAGAGGAGAGCUUAGGGAGCGGAUGAUCAAGAACGCAGACUACGGUUCCGGAAGUGCUCCUGCAGGGGAGGCUGUUGCACACUCUCAAGCUGAACCUGAUCCCAGCCCGACAAGCACGCCCGCAGCCGCUCCUGGUCCCGCGAGAAUCUCUGAUGACGCGGGACCCCCUCAAGCUGCCCACGCCUGACACGUUUCGAAGGAUGCUUCAGUGAGAGGUCGGAAGCACAGGAGGGAAAUUCGAUGAAUCUGGUGAAAUGUAUCAUUGGGCUGUAUCAUCGAAUGUCAUUGCAUCGUAUAGCCGGACCACUAUUGAAUAUUGAAUGACCAAAUUGUCUGCCAUCCGCCACGAGCAU